GGGGUGCGGGGCUGUGGAGUGUGAGGCCCCGGUCUGGGUCCCUGAGGCGCUCGCGCACCGCCGCUGUCCUUGCGGCCGCCCCUACGCUGUUCGCGGCCCGCCCGUCCCGGGCUUCGCCGUCCUCGCCUCGGCCUCAACAGCCUGCCCGGCGCUCGGCAGCUCCUCGGUGAGCCCGCUGGGACCUCGCGCCCCUCGCGCUCCUCUGGCGCCCGAGGGGGGCGGCUUGGGCCAUGGUGCCCUCCCAGGAGGAGCCCGCCGCCGCGCGGGGCACAGGCGAGGCGCAGCCGCUCGGCCCCGCGCCCAUGGGGGCGACAGAGCUGCCCGGCCCCGCUCCCGGCCCCUCAGACAGUCCCGAGGCGGCCGCCGAGAAGGUGGAGGUGGAGCUGGCGGGGCCCGCGGAGGCGGAGCUGCGUGAGCCCCCCGAGCCCCCCGAGGGCGGCUGGGGCUGGCUGGUGAUGCUGGCGGCCAUGUGGUGCAACGGGUCGGUGUUCGGCAUCCAGAACGCCUGUGGGGUGCUGUUCGUGUCCAUGCUGGAGACCUUCGGCUCCAAAGACGAUGACAAGAUGGUCUUCAAGACAGCAUGGGUAAGUUCUCUCUCCAUGGGGAUGAUUUUCUUUUGCUGCCCAAUAGCCAGCGUCUUCACAGACAUAUUUGGUUGUCGGAAAACAGCUGUUGUGGGUGCUGCUGUUGGAUUCAUUGGACUCAUGUCCAGUUCUUUUGUAAAGUCCAUCGAGCCUCUGUACCUAACCUAUGGAAUCAUAUUUGCCUGCGGCUGCUCCUUUGCAUACCAGCCUUCAUUGGUUAUUUUGGGACACUAUUUCAAGAAGCGCCUUGGACUGGUGAAUGGCAUUGUCACUGCUGGCAGCAGUAUCUUCACAAUUUUGCUACCUUUGCUUUUAAGGGUUCUAAUUGACAGCGUGGGCCUCUUUUACACACUGAGGGUCCUCUGCAUCUUCAUGUUUGUUCUCUUUCUGGCUGGUUUUACUUACCGACCUCUUACUUCCAGUACCAAAGAUAAAGAGAGUGGAAGCAGCGGAUCCUCCCUCUUUUCCAGGAGAAAGUUCAAUCCUCCAAAAAAAAUUUUCAAUUUUGGCCUCUUCAAGGUGACAGCUUAUGCAGUGUGGGCAGUUGGAAUACCACUUGCACUUUUUGGAUACUUUGUGCCUUAUGUUCACUUGAUGAAACAUGUGGAGGAAAGAUUUCAAGAUGAAAAAAAUAAAGAGGUGGUUCUCAUGUGUAUUGGCAUCACUUCAGGAGUUGGACGACUACUCUUUGGCCGGAUUGCAGAUUAUGUACCUGGUGUGAAGAAGGUUUAUCUGCAGGUACUCUCCUUCUUCUUCAUCGGUCUAAUGUCCAUGAUGAUUCCCCUGUGUAGCGUCUUUGGGGCCCUCAUUGCUGUCUGUCUCAUCAUGGGUCUCUUUGAUGGAUGCUUCAUUUGUAUUAUGGCCCCCAUAGCCUUUGAGUUAGUUGGUGCCCAGGAUGUCUCCCAAGCAAUUGGAUUUCUGCUCGGAUUCAUGUCUGUUCCCAUGACUGUGGGCCCACCCAUUGCAGGGUUACUUCGUGACAAGCUGGGCUCCUAUGAUGUGUCAUUCUACCUCGCUGGGAUCCCUCCCCUUAUUGGAGGUGUUGUGCUUUGUUUUAUUCCAUGGAUCCACAGUAAGAAGCAAAGACAGAUCAGUAAGACCACUGGAGGAGAAAAGAUGGAGAAAAUGUUGGGAAACCAGAACUCUCUGCUAUCAAGCUCGUCUGGAAUCUUCAAGAAAGAAUCUGAUUCUAUUAUUUAAUGUUUUAUAUACCUCUACCAGACUGGACUUGCUUUAGAAUUUUAAGCAAGUUUUCCUUUUAUAUGAAUUGCAAAUUUCUUAUUUUUUUAAUCACAUGCUAGGAAUAGCACAGUAAUUGAGAAAUAGAACCCUUAUUACUACAAGAACCAUUUUCUGCCACUUCUUAGCUGUCUGGUAUUUCCAUAAGUCUGAGAGCAGAGACUCUGGCACAUGAAAACAUGUUUGAAAGUCGAAUAGUAUGAAAAUUUGAAGUUAUCUCAGUAAAAAGCAACUUUGGAAACUGUGAAUGCUAUUUAGCUUAUAUAAAUAUUUAAAAAUACCUCAAGCUAUACUGAAAGGGUUGCAGUUUGGUUAGGACUGGAAAUAUUUUGUUUGUUGUCUCACAUGGUGUAUCUUUAGUUUUGGUACCUCUGUUUUAAUUUCUUCUGCUCUUUGGGAAAAAAAUUUUGCAAAUUUAAGCCUGGAUUCUAAAUAAUAUCAAAUCUACCUAAACCUCAAGUCUAUGUUAAAGUAGCUUGCCUGCUGUUAAAUAAGCUAUGAAAUUAAGGUAUUCUGACUUGCUCUGAUGUCGAGGGGACUUCUGGGAACAAAUGCUAACAGUGUGUUUAGAAUCAAUAUGUGAGAUGAAGAGGAUCCUGUUCCCAAGGGCAGAGCUGUUCAGAAAUCAGGCAUUUCUUCUAUUUAAGUUUAUGACAUUGUUCCCCUUGCAUUUGCAGUGUGUUUUAUUAUACUUAAGUAGCCAAAAAGCACCCCAAAUUUCUGAAUUUGUUUAAAUUGUAACAAUAAAGUAAAAUAGAAUACAUCAAAGACAUUCUUGAAAUUUUAACUUAGAAUUUUUCUGACUUCUGGAAUUGUUAGCACUAGGACCUGAUAUUUAAACAAAGUCUUAUUGGGCAUGUUAUCAAGUGGCAACUACAGGUAUAAAGUUGAGGAAAGGGGUAAAACUGUUUAUAUUCCUGAAGAAAAUAUCUAUUUCUGAUAGAAACAAUCACUUAAAUUGGUUUAUGAAAUUUAUUAGUCUUAAAAGGUUAAAGUACUUAUACAAAGAACCAAGUCCUACAUUUCCAAAACUUUCUGGUAAAACUUUGCAUAUAUGAAUUUAUCUUAGUAUGCUCCCCAUUAACACACCCAUUAUUUUUUUCCAUUUACAUAUAAUCAUAAGAAAGCUAUUAGUUUGAGGACC